AUGGUCUUGGAGGCGGCUGUGGCGAGUGUGGCCACGGGGGUCCUGAAGCCCGUCCUGGAGAAGCUGGCAGCUCUGCUCACCAAUGAGUACAAGCGUUUCAAAGGUGUGCGCAAAGAGAUCAAGUCCGUCACUCAUGAGCUCGCCGCCAUGGAGGCUUUUCUCGUCAGGAUGUCCGAGGACGAGGAUCCCAAUGAGCAGGAUAAAGUUUGGAUGAAUGAGGUGCGGGAGCUGUCCUAUGACCUAGAGGAUGCCAUCGACGACUUCAUGCAGAGCAUCGGAAACAAAGACGAAAAGCCAGAUGGCUUCAUUGAGAAGAUCAAGAGCUCGCUAGGGAAGUUGGGGAAGAUGAAGGCUCGCCGCCGGAUCGGCAGAGAGAUCCAAGAUCUAAAGAAACAUAUCAUUGAGGUGGGUGAGAGGAAUGAAAGGUACAAGAGUCGCGAGACCUUCUCCAACACAAAAAAUGCGACCGUUGACCCUAGAGCUCUUUCUAUAUUUGAGCACGCCUCAAAGCUUGUGGGAAUUGAUGGACCUAAGGCUGAGAUAAUCAAAUUGUUGAACGAAGGUGCGUCAACAGAUAAUCAACUGAAGUUGAUUUCCAUCGUAGGAACUGGAGGAAUGGGCAAAACCACUCUUGCAAACCAAGUGUAUGAAGACCUCAACAAGAAAUUCAAAUGUCGGGCCUUCUUAUCCGUGGCACGAAAUCCAGAUAUGAUAAAUAUCAUGAGAAUUAUUCAUAGUAAAGUCAGUGGUCGACGUUUUUCUGACACCGAAGCAGGGAGCAUACAACAAGUCAUCAUCAAUAUCAACAGUUUCCUAGCCAGCAAAAGGUAUUUUGUUGUCAUUGACGAUAUAUGGAAUGUGCGUACAUGGGAUGUUAUUAAGAGCGCAUUUCCCAUGCCGAGUUCUGGCAGUAUCAUAAUCACUACUACUCGUAAAAAUGAUGUUGCUGAAUCAUGUCGUUCUUCAUUUGGUGGUUCCAUUUAUGCUAUAAGACCACUUAAUACAGUGUGUUCAAGACAACUAUUUAAUAGAAGAGUAUUUGGGUCCAAAGAAGAUCGCCCUUCACACCUUGAAGGAAUUUCAUGUCAAAUGUUGGAGAAGUGUGCUGGCUUACCUUUGGCAAUCAUUGCUAUAUCUGGGUUGUUGGCUAACAAAGAAAGAACAGAUGAUAUAUGGAAUGAAGUGAAAGAUUCAAUUGGUCGGGCUCUUGAAAGGAAUCAUGUGAUUGAAGUGAUGAUAAACAUAUUGUCACAUAGUUACUUUGAUCUUCCUCCUCAUCUCAAAACUUGUCUAUUGUAUUUGGGUAUAUUUCCAGAGGACUCUGUUAUUGAGAAGAUGACCCUGAUAUGUAAAUGGAUUGCCGAAGGAUUUAUUCACAAAGAAGGCAGGUGUACAACAUAUGAUUUCGGAGAGAUGUGCGUUAAUGAGCUUGUCAAUAGAAGUUUGAUCCAAGUUUUACACACUGGCCUAUUUGGUGAGGUGAAGAGUUUUCGAGUUCAUGACAUAAUUCUUGAUUUCAUCAUAUCCAAGUCUAUCGAAGAGAACUUUGUUACUUUAAUAGGUGUGCCUAAUAUAACUAUUGGGACACAAUUUAAACUUCGUAGACUCUCCCUCCAACUUGGUAAUCAAGGAAAUUCUAUUAUUCCAGCACAUAUGGUGCUGUCUCACGUUCGAUCACUCAAUGUGUUUGUUCAAUCAUUUGAAAUACCUUCUCUUGAUGAGUUCAGGCGUUUACGUGUCUUGGACUUUAAAGGUUGCAAGAAAUUGGAAAACCAUCAUCUUACAAAUAUAGGGAGGUUGCUUCAGAUGAGGUGCUUGAUAUUGAGCGAGACAAGUAUAACUGAGCUCCCAGAAGAAAUUGGUCAUCUAUGUUUCUUAGAAAUGUUGGACAUAACAGACACCAAAGUCAGGAAACUACCAGCAGCUAUUUCCAAUCUUGGAAAACUGGUGCGUCUGUUUAUGCCGAAAUUUGUUAAAAUUCCUGAUGGAAUAGCAAAGAUGCAAGCACUGGAGACACUGGGUUGUGUUACAGUCUUCGGGCAGACAUUUAAUUUGCUGCAAGAACUUGGGCAGCUAAAGAAUCUGAGGCAGCUGUUCCUCAGGUUUGAUAAUCCUUAUGACACACACAUAAGAAUUGAGAAGGUGUGCAUGGAAGCUAUAGCCUCUUCACUUCAACACCUAUCCAGUCAGAACCUUCGCUCUCUACUUAUCAACGGCGAUGGGGAGAGGUCCAUGCAGUCUAGUCCGCUUAGCCUCCAAUCACUUGAGGUCCAUGCUUCACUUGUUCCACAGUUUCCGAACUUGUUGGGCUCCCUCGUCAACCUUCAGCGGCUAUGCCUUAAUUUGAAGGGAGUCGGGCAGGAUGAUAUCAACAUCUUCAGAGCCUUACCGGCUCUAGUCCAUCUUAUUCUGGGCAGCACAGUAAAUGGAUACCCCAAAUAUUGUCGGCGGUUAACUGAAGACAGGACGGUCAGAAUCAGUGGUGACGUUGGCUUCCCAUGCUUGAGGAACUUCUGCUACGAUGCAUUUCGUUACCCGCUACAUCUCAUGUUUGAAGUAGGAUCCAUGCCCAAGCUAGACAGACUUACCAUGGGUUUCCUCUUCCUUAUAUAUGACUUCGAUAUGGAGGAUGGUGUUUUUGAUUUUGGAAUCGAAAAUCUUCCCAAACUCAUGACUCUCAAAUGUAAAAUAGCAGUCCGCUUGGGUGAUUCCGAUCUAAUCUUUGAGCAAGCAAAGGCAGCUGCGGAGAGAACAGCGAGGGCACAUCCCAACAACCCUACUCUAUCUUGUCAUAUAAUAAAUAUUUGA